CCGUUAUUUCCUGCGGCAACGCUCUCGCGCUCCGCCGCCCGCAGUCCGUCUCAGCACGCGCACGCUACUAUCACUAUAUAUAUGCCAAGCGUCAAGAUUUCAGCCGCUCUUUUUGUUUCGCACCGACCACGAGACGUCUGUUCGCGUUCAACGUUGUAGUCAACCCCUGCUCUUUGGAUACAAAACCGCGUUUGUUGUGCGCGAAAAGGCAGUCCGUUUUCUCAGCAAUGGCGACAGCGGCGGUAUCUGCCCCGAAUCCCGGAUCCGGUGCCGAGCUGGUCCGCGGUCAAGCUUUUGACGUCGGCCCGCGUUACAGCAACCUCUCGUACAUCGGAGAGGGCGCUUACGGCAUGGUUUGCUCGGCGUACAAUCGGGACAAUAAAGUGCGAGUGGCCAUAAAGAAGAUCAGCCCGUUCGAACACCAGACGUACUGUCAGCGGACACUCCGCGAGAUUAAAAUCCUGCUCCGCUUCAAACAUGAGAACAUCAUCGGCAUCAACGACAUCAUCCGCGCCCCCACCAUCGACCAAAUGAAAGAUGUCUAUAUCGUACAGGACCUGAUGGAGACAGACUUGUACAAGCUGUUAAAGACGCAGCAUUUGAGCAAUGACCACAUCUGUUACUUCUUGUACCAGAUCUUGCGCGGUCUGAAGUACAUACACUCGGCGAAUGUUCUCCACCGAGACCUGAAACCUUCAAACCUGUUGCUCAACACUACCUGUGACCUCAAGAUCUGUGAUUUUGGGCUUGCCCGGGUGGCGGAUCCAGACCACGACCACACUGGGUUCCUGACGGAGUACGUAGCCACACGUUGGUAUCGAGCACCAGAGAUUAUGCUCAAUUCAAAGGGUUACACUAAGUCCAUUGAUAUCUGGUCAGUUGGUUGCAUUCUGGCUGAGAUGCUUUCAAACAGACCCAUCUUUCCUGGGAAACACUACCUGGAUCAGCUAAACCACAUUUUAGGUAUUUUGGGCUCUCCGUCUCAGGAGGAUCUCAACUGCAUCAUCAACAUCAAGGCGAGAAAUUACCUGCUGUCUCUUCCUCUCCGAUGCAAAGUGCCCUGGAAUCGCCUCUUUCCUAACGCAGACCCUAAAGCGCUGGAUCUGCUGGAUAAGAUGUUGACCUUUAACCCUCAUAAGAGGAUCGAGGUGGAGGAGGCACUGGCUCACCCGUACCUGGAGCAGUACUAUGACCCCACAGACGAGCCUGUUGCUGAGGCUCCAUUUAAAUUCGAUAUGGAGCUGGAUGACUUGCCCAAAGAGACUUUAAAGGAGCUGAUUUUUGCAGAAACUGCACGCUUCCAGCCAGGAUAUAGACCAUAGUCUACUGUACAGGCAGCAUUCUGGAUUUGAUCGUGCUGAUGUUUCGGUCUCCACCCCACUGUGCGCUGUGGUCCUAUUUUGGACUUCAUCGCCAGCAUCAUCUUAUCUCCUCCUAAACCCCAAAACUACAAAAGCCCUCAAAGUUCAUCCAAGCCUAACAUCCAGUCUCCAGCAGAAAACAUCCACCUCUUCUACAGUUUCAAUCUCUCAUUCCUUCACAUCAUAAUGGAAGCGUAGAGCAUCUCCCUCACUUUUUCUUCAUCUUCUCAUUCUUCUACCUACUUGCUUAUCUGUGUGUCUGUGGAUGUUUUGGAUCUGAGAUGAGCUUGUGAAGAUUACAGAUUAACUUUUUUUUUCUCUUGGUCUAAACUCUCUUGUACACUUAUACAGUAAAAAAGUCUAUGAUUGUGUUAUUGUUGUGCUUCUUUCUAGCCUCCUGUUAAUCUUUCCAACAAGCUGCUUCUCUGAGCUGUCUGUAAGCCAUUUUUUAAGUCCCACAAAGGUCGAACUAAGGACAGGGAGAAAAUUAGGGCUCAGAUUUUCUCUAUUCGUGUAUAUAUAUAUAUAGAUAUAUGCAGUGGACACUUAUUACUCAACAUUGUGCAUCGCCAAUCUCCUCAAAGUGCACAGAGAUCUAAAUUGCCAAGGUGCCAUUUGAAACUUUUAAUAAAGGUAUUUUCAUACAUAAACAUGUAUUGCUAAUGGCCCCUUUAACUCAUCACAUCUCUCAAAGAUGUGCCUUUAGGCAAUCAAGGGACAUUUUGUAUUUUUAAAACAACCAUAAUUUACAUUAUUUUUAAAUUGUAAACCCUUAAUGAUUCUUCAUCUAAAAGAUACUUAAGCACCAAAGAAAAGACCAAUUUUGACACCUUGGAAAAAUGUGUACUUGUGUCCACAUUAUUAAACAUUUUAAAAGCCCUUAUACCACUUGCAAAAAGAGGCGAAUGCUUAAAUGCAUGCAGGUGAAUACCACCUCUUUGCUGUGCAGGUGUACAGUAUGUAUAUCUGUAAAUCAGAUCUUUUUAAAUCUAAUGCACACUUAAAAACUUUAGCUAGGUAGAAACUACAAAGUAGUAAGUUUUCAUGAAAUUGGAAUAUUUUGAAUUAUUAAGAAGACUUAUUAAGAAAAUGACAGUGCCUCCUCAUCUGUAUUCAUUCUUUCCUGUUUGUAUAUAUAUUUUUUUGCUUUCUCUGCAACCCCUCCCCAACCGCCUUGUAUCAAUAAGACUGUGCCCUUGCAUGACUGUUAAAAGCUUCUAUACAAAGACAAUGGAAGUGCCACACAGCUGGGGAUUUUGCUAUUGGUCUCUCAGGUUUUUGUUAUAUCUUACCUUUCGUGGUCUCGCAUCUCUUCUAUAACGAGUUAAAAAAGACAAAAAAUCUUAUUUCGCUUGCACGUGAGAAAUUUGAGCUUUUUUGGAGAAUUUAAUAAGACCGCUCACCCAGAAUGUCAAGUUUAAUCCCAGGUGGAAAUAAAGAGACAUGUCAGGCAUUCAGUUUUACUAUAAUUUCAACCACACAGUGGGGCAGUUUCCUGGACAGGGCUUACACUAAAAUGUAUGUUUGAGCCGUUUUAAUUUAAUACAUCUUACACGUCUUAACAUAUAUCAGUGCCAUUGUUUUGUCUGAAGGUGCACACUUGGACUAAUCUAAACCUUGUCGGGAAACCACCCUAGUGAGUUUUCUGGUGGUGCUCCCAAAAAAAAAACGGGAAAGUGAAAGUCCACCUGGCAAUUUUUUUAACAAUACACUCCGUAUGCUAAAUUGUACAGUUAAGUUAUUGACACUGAUAUAUGCAUACAGUAUGUGCAUGGCUAAAGCGAGAUGUUUUUUCCCACAUUGGCCUUCGUAUUUGGUUUACCGGCCCUUUAUUACUUUUGCCUGGGUAUGCAGCAAGACGCCACCUAGUGAUUACUUGGCCUGGUAGCAAGGAGAGAAUGGGUUAUUCUUUAAAAUAAAACGAAAAAAUGACUUUGUAAGAUAGCUUCUGCCGAAUCAGUGUGCAGUCUGUCUGUUUCUGUGUGCCUUUAUGCGUCACGAAUAACAAACUUUAUUGUGCAGCUUUUUGUUGGGGAUCAGUUGUGACUUUUUGCGGUAUACUCUUAAAAUUAUAUAUAAUUUAAAAAUAACUACGAAAACAAAAAAUCUAAAUUCUUUAUGUAAUUUUAAGUCCUAUUUGUCACAGCUUUUGUGAUUUUGUGAAUGUUUUGAGGAAAUAAAGAAUAAGCGUUUAUUUCUGCCCUCCCCUGUUUGCCCUGGUUGCAUUUAGCCGCCUUUGGUUUUUUUGAAAGUUUUGUGCACACCUGUUUUUUAUUGUAAAAAAUGAAUGUCUAGUGAUUAUAUUAUUAAUCUUGUAAAAAAAUGUCUUUAAUUUUGUUAGCAAUGGCAAAAUUUUGUUGUGAAUUUUACUUGCAAGCUUCAAAUACCCCAGCCUGUGACCCCUCGUUGUGUUUUUUGGGGUAUCUGUAACAUUGCUGGGGAAAUGUAUGAUUACAAACAUCUGAAAUCUAUUCAAAUCCUUCGAAUCUAUAUUGGAUAAAAAGUGGCAUUAUGUUUCAGAGGUUUGUCUUCUUUACUACUGAAAAGACGGACAGUUUUAAUUACCAGUAUUGAUCUCUGCAUCUGCUAAGUCAUGUAACCUAUAAAAACAACAAAAUAAAACCAAUUGUAUUGUUUUCGCCUCUAA